AUGAGAAUCGGCAAGCUAUACGUCCUACUGCAACUCCUGCUUAAGCAACCAGCGAUCAAGCUCCUGGUAUUUGCAAGCUUCAUCUAUCUACUCGCAUUUCAAUACUGUCGAAUCCAUUUCUGGCGCGAUCCCCACUCGGCGUUCUUUGACGAUCGAGAUGUAUACGAGUGGAAGUAUAGUCUGCUACGCGAGCACCAAGCAAACCACUUCAUCUCACUUCACGACGCGCCGUCUGGAGGCAAUGACGCCGUUCUGAGCCAAGGUGCGCCCCUUAUGUGCGCGGCACUAGCUACCGUCAGACGCGACAAAGACGACUAUCUCAGUGCAACAAUCGGCUCGAUGCUAAGCGAUCUCGAUCCUCGAGAGCGUCACGCCCUCCACUUAUCGGUGUUGUUUGCGAAUACCGAUCCUGCCCAGCAUCCGAGGUGGGAUCAGAGAUGGCUGGGGCGUCUGGCUGACUCGGUCUUGACAUAUAAUGUCUCCAGUGAAGAGCUAGGUCAUCUCCACAUGCUGGAAGAAACAGGCAAUUUCCACGAAAAAGGUGUUUAUGAUUAUGUCUAUUUGCUCAACCAAUGCCUUGAAACGGAGGCGCCUUACAUCUUUAUUCUUGAAGAUGACGUGAUCUUCGCAGAUGGAUGGUUGGUUAAGACCUUCAACAGCCUUCACACAUUGUCACAUGAACCGACUGAUCGAAAAGAGCCUUGGAUCUAUCUCCGUCUCUUCUUCACUGAGACUGCACUUUCAUGGUCAGAUACAGACUUCUGGUAUCGCAAUAUGCCACUCGCGUUUGGCUUGGUCAUCGGAUCAACAUAUGCCUUCUUACUAGCUCUGCGACGAUGGUUGCCCGCACGCUACUAUUUUGGAUAUUGGGUCAUAGGUACCAUGUGCUUGGUGGUUGCGCCCGCCUUCACGGCCCUAGUCUACAUGAUUGGGAAGUAUUCACUUGCUCCAUUGAAAGGCGUGGUGGAAAUGAACGACCGCGGAUGCUGUACCCAAGGGUUGGUCUUUCCUCGCGAGCAAGUUCCAGCUUUGGUGAAUUAUCUGCAGGAGAAAAAGGGUGGGCAGACAGAUAGUCUCAUUGAAGAUUAUGCCACCGAAAAGGAUCUGACGAGAUUUGCAUUGGCACCUCAGCAACUACAGCACGUGGGGCUAAUGUCUAGUCGCAAUAAUCUAGAGGUCAACACCAAGAGCACAUGGGCUUUUUGGUUCGAGGAAAAUGAUGCUUUGAAAUUGAAGGAUGAGCAUCAAAUUCUGAUGGCUGCGAGCGAUGACAACUGGCGCUUGAAUUAG